AAGUCACUUAAGCUUAAAUUGGUUUUUUUCUUAGUGAUUCUUGAAUAUUUUUUAUUGGGUUGAUAGUUAGUGUUUCUACUGGGAUGAUUUUGUUACCUUUUAUCUUGUUUUCCCAGUUCUUUGUGUUGUGUUUAAUGUUUUCUUGGUCUGACCUUUUCUUUUUUUGUUUUGAGAAAUGGGUUUUUUGUAGAGUGCGUAAUGCUUGUUUGGUUGAUUGCAGAAAUGGGUUAAUUUGGAUUUCAAAAAUUUCUUGUGUAAACUCUUUGCCGUGUCUUCUUUAACUGUGGGGGGUUUGGGGGGGAGAUGUGGUCAUUUUCUCUUUUUAGAGCCCUUUUCUUGUGUUACACUAGUCUUGACUGAUUGAUCUUCAAAUUAAUUGAUUUUGGGUAAUUUCCAUGAACUAUGAUUAUCCUAUUGUUGUUGAUUAAUUGUGUAGAAUUCUACUAUGUCUAGUAAAUCAGUACUUACUUCCUGAAACCUGCUUCCAGAAUUUUCACUAUUUUGAGUUGACAUUUUAUAUAAUUAACUCUAUAGCUGCUUUGGGCAGACUUACUUUCUAUUAAUUGCAUCAGCGAUAAAGGUAGUGUCAGCUUCAGUUUAUAGAACUAGCCAACACUUGGAAAGGUGAUGUUUUAUCUCAUGUAGAAUUGGUCUACAAAAGAGCAGCUCGUUCAAGUAAUAAUGGAAAUUACAUGGAUGAUUUUGGAAAAGAAAGGCAAAACUGUGAAACAUAUCGCAAGAAGUCGGGUAUGAGGACCCUUAUCAGAAAAGAGUGGCUGCAUGCAUCACCAAUCAAGGAAAAAGAUCCAGACGAUAAGAUGCCACUGCGACCAACACCUGAAUCUGGCCACUGCACCUUUUGUGUGAAUGGUAAUAGCUGUAGAACUGUUCGCUCAAGAACAAAACUGAUGAACACUGUUUUAGAAAGAGGGAGGCCCAAGGAAGCCGAGCUGAUCUUUGAUAGUUUGAUUAAAGGAGGGCAUAAACCAUCUCUAAUUACAUACACUACCCUCUUAGCAGCUUUGACAGCCCAGAAGCGUUUCAAUCACAUCCAUUCCAUUAUAUCUGAAGUGCAAGAAAAUGGUAUGAAUCCAGAUCCAGUUUUCUUCAAUGCUGUUGUUAAUGCGUUUUCUGAAUCUGGAAACAUGGAGGAAGCAAUGAAAGCCUUCUUACAAAUGAAGGAGAGUGGGAUAAAGCCUGCAAUCAGCACUUUUAAUACUUUGAUCAAAGGGUAUGGAAUUGCUGGAAAGCCUGAAGAAUCUAUAAAGAUAAUGGAGUUAAUGUUGCAGGAAGUUAAUGUGGAACCAAAUCUGAGGACAUACAAUGUACUUGUUAAAGCAUGGUGUAACAAAAAGAAUUUUGCUGAUGCAUGGAAUACUGUGGAUAAGAUGAUAGCUUGUGGUUUACGACCGGAUGUUAUCACUUACAAUACGAUAGCAGCAGCUUAUAGUCAAAAUCAUCAAACUGAAAAGGCGGAAAGAGUGAUUUUAGAAAUGCAAAGGAACAAUGUGCACCCUAACGAAAGGACUUGUGGCAUCAUUAUAUCUGGAUACUGUAAAGAAGGUAAAAUAAAGGAUGCCUUGAUGUUUGUGUACAAGAUGAAGGAUCUUGGAAUACAUCCUAACCUUGUCAUUUUCAAUUCACUGAUCAAAGGCUUCCUUGACAUGUCAGACGGAGACAGUGUUGAUGAGGUUCUUACAUUAAUGGAAGAGUUCGGUGUCAAACCUGAUGUCAUUACAUUCAGCACCAUCAUGAAUGCCUGGGGUACUGCAGGAUAUAUGGCUAAGUGCAGGGAGGUCUUCGAUGACAUGGUCGAAGCUGGCAUUCAACCUGAUGUCCACGCGUAUAGCAUUUUGGCCAAGGGUUACGUUCGUGCAAUGGAACCAGAAAAAGCAGAAGAAGUCCUGAAUACCAUGGUUAAAUCUGGGAACCCUCCAAAUGUUGUGAUUUUCACUACUGUAAUUAGUGGAUGGUGCACUGCUUGUAGAAUGGAUUGUGCAAUGAGGAUCUUCGAGUGGAUGUGCGAGUGUGGGAUAUCUCCUAAUCUGAAAGCUUUUGAAACUCUGAUAUGGGGUUAUGCUGAAAAUAAAAAGCCUCGGGAAGCGCAAGAGGUAAUCCAAAUCAUGGAAAAAUUCAACAUUCAACCAGAGGAAAGCACUUAUAUGCUUGUUGAAGAAGCCUGUCGUGGUGUCGGAUUAGCUGAGGCAGCAAAUGGAGUGGCCAACUCAGUUGAAAAGCAAAACUUGACUAGUAAAGUUGAUAUGGAAGGCGUGGCAGAAGUGGAGAACUUGGAAAAAGUCUACCAGAAGAAUGCUGUCCAUCAUUUUUAUCCCAAAUUGUUGCAGAUACCCAAUGAACUAAUUAAUGAACCAAAGGGACCAGUAAGUGCAGCCAAAAGAAGUCGUAUGGUGCUAAGGGAAGCUGAAUUUUCAUCUGAUACUUUGUCUGCUGCGACAAGAUCAUUGCAUAUUAGCUGUAAACUUGGAAUGCGGGCUCCUGUUGUUUGCCAGAGACAAUUUCAAGUGCAGCUUUGUGCAUCUGGUCAGGUUGGAAACUCAUGUACAGCUGUGUUCUUGAACUGAAGAGAGAAAAGUUGUUGUGAUUAGUGCACCUGAAUGCAGCUGGUUGUGAAAGUAAUGUGAUUAGAGUUUUGUACAUAUAAAGGGUGACUUCAAAUUGCUCAUCUUUCCGAGUACAUCUGUAUCCACAGGUUUUGUAAAGCUUUACUGAUCAUUUAACUCAAAUUUCUUGUUGUCCAUUGUAUCUGCAUACUGUGCAGCUGUAGAAAUCAUAUUUGGAUAUAUGCAAAAGUCCAUUUGUAAAUGCACAGUCGAUCCUCAGUACUCUUUACCUCCAUGAAUGACUCAAUUGUAAGGGGCAAUUUUAUGUUGUUUGAAGUUU